GAGUCUCACUCAACAUCAUCUCAUCACGACGCGCGUUGCAGAAAUGCCGGCAAAAGUGCAGCCGUACAAGAGCCAGCUCGUCGGCCGAAGUAUGCUCGUGCGGAAGCUACAAAUCCUGCCAAUCGAGGCAAUCGUACGCGGUUACAUCACUGGUUCAGCAUGGAAAGAGUACAAGACAUCCGGCACGGUGCAUGGCCUCCAUGUACCUGCCGGCAUGCAAGAAUCAGAGGCUUUUGCGCAGCCCAUCUUUACGCCAAGUACCAAGGCAGAGCAAGGAGAUCACGAUGAAAACAUUCAUCCAAGUAAAGUGGCAGGCAUCAUUGGCAAGCAGCAUGCAGCACGGAUGGAGGAACUCGCGUUGAGUCUCUACUCUGCUGCUCGAGAUUAUGCUGCAACCAAGGGCAUCAUUAUUGCAGACACCAAGUUUGAAUUUGGCUUGGACGAUGCUGGAGAGAUGGUACUGGUUGACGAGGUCUUGACGCCAGACUCGUCGCGCUUCUGGCCAGCAGACAAGUACAAGGUUGGUCAGCCGCAAGAGUCGUUUGAUAAGCAGUACCUGCGAGAUUGGCUCACGGAAAACAAGAUUGACAAGAAGGAGGGUGUCGAGGUGCCGGCUCAUGUGGUGCAGGCCACCAUGGAGAAGUACAGUCAGGUAUAUCAGCUGCUCACGGGCAAGAGAUGGGAGGAUGUACAAGAGAAGUAGUUGAGAGGCAUGCUAUUGACUAGAUGAAAUGGUGACUUACCUUUUCG